AUGCCUGCCGUGAUCCAGUCCGCCAUCAAGCGCAUCCGUGAACCCAAAGUGGGCGAGAAUGGCUACACUGGCUUUCACCCUGGCAAGAGCGAAGUUUUCACCACGGGCUCCCAGCCAUUCGGCUCUGAUACGAGAGCUCUUACUAGCGACGUCCGGCUAGACCACGAUGUGGAAAUCGUCGUCCGGGACGGCGCGCGUCUCUACAUCGAUGUGUACCGGCCCGACGAUCCCAAAGAGAAGGUCCCUGCGAUCCUGGGCUGGUCACCCUACGGCAAGAAGUACAGCGCCCUGGACAUGCUCCCCAUGACGGUCUGGCACUCUUGUGUCAAGCGCUCCGAUCUGAGCGGAUUGGAGAAAUUCGAGGGCCUAGACCCUGCAAUCUGGUGCCCCAAGGGAUAUGCCAUCGUUAGCGUGGACUCCCGGGGUGCUGGCAACAGUGAUGGACAGAUCGGAAUAAUGGGCACUCAGGAGGCGGAAGAUAUGUACGAUGUUAUUGAGGCAGUUGCCAAGCUAGAUUGGUGCAACGGCAAUGUUGGCAUGGCCGGUAACUCGUAUCUCGCCAUAACGCAGUGGUUCGCUGCAGCGCAGCAGCCGCCGUCUCUGAAGGCGAUCGCUCCCUGGGAAGGUCUGAGUGAUCUUUAUCGAGAACAGUUUUGCAGAGGAGGAUGGUUUACCAUGUCCAACUUCGACCUGAUCACCGCCGAGAUUCUUCGCGGGAAGCCCACCUCAGGAGUCGAGGACUUCGCCGAGAUGUACCGCAGGUCGUCCACCAUGAACGUCUGGUGGAAAGACAAGCGUGUAGAUAUGACGAAGAUCAAAUGCCCAACCUACAUUCGAGGAUCCGACGUGAGCAAUCUGCAUAAUAUGGGCUCCAUCCGUGCCUGGCUCGAGAUCCCACACGACAAAAAGUGGAUACAAUGGGGCGCUUAUCAAGAAUGGUAUGAACUGUACAGCAUCCCAGAGUCCGCCGAGCAGCUCACGACUUUUUUCGAUUUUUACCUCCGUGGAAUUAGCAAUGGAUGGGAGAAGAACACGCCCAAGGUCAGGUGGACUACGCUGAAGUUCGGCGACGGCGAGCCUAUUCACGACAUCGAACUGCCGGACUGGCCUGUGCCUAACACGCAGUACCUGGAAUUCUUUGCCUCGGAAAAUAGUAAAUUGAGCGCAGUGCUACCCUCGACACCCGCAAGCGUCACUUACAACUCGGAAGACCGCGGCAGCUGGGUCGAGUUCACGCACACGUUCUCAGAGCCGUCCCGGUUGAUCGGACUUCCCAAAGCAUCCGUCUACGCAUCUUGCGACACCCGCGACGAUUUCGUCAUUUUUGUGAUUCUGCGCAAGAAAGACAAGAAUGGAAAGGACAUGCUGCAUUUAAACUUUCCAUUCCACGCGAGCCCCGUCAAUUCGAUAGCCGACAUUGAUGAGAAUGAGAUGCACAGCGUGAAUACCCACGAGGGUCAGAUGGGCAUUCUGAGGGCUUCUCACCGGGAAAUAGACCAUUCGAAGAGCAUCCACCCCAACUUCCCCUUCCACCCUCAUGGGCGCGAGCAAAAGGUCGCUCCCGGGACGGUGGUCAAAUUAGAGAUUGGUGUGUUCAGCAUGGGUGUUGACUUUGAUGCGGGCGAGAGCAUCAGCUUCAGGAUCAGCGGACAAAAUCCUACGGCAGCAGAGUUCAACCGAUGGUCAGACCCUCGUCCGGAGCACGAGCUCAACAAGGGAGAACACAAGAUUCAUUUUGGGGGGGAAUAUCCUACGUCAAUCAUUCUGCCCUAUGUUGGAAAGCCUUGA